CUGGCACUGCCUCCUCCCCUUCCUAGUACUCUCACUUUGCUGUGGUCUGGUUAUGGCUAAGCUCCUUCGAGUGGCAACCCAGAGGCUGUCUCCCUGGAGGGGUUACUGCUCUAGGGGGUCACAGGGAGGACUCAGCCAGGACUUUGUGGAGGCUCUGAGGGCAGUUGUAGGGAGCCCCCAUGUCUCUACUGCUUGUGCCGUCAGAGAGCAUCAUGGGCACGAUGAGUCAAUGCACAGGUGUCAACCUCCUGAUGCUGUGGUGUGGCCUCAGAAUGUGGACCAGGUCAGCCAACUGGCAGCCCUGUGCUACAACCAAGGUGUUCCCAUCAUCCCAUUUGGCACUGGCACCGGUGUUGAAGGGGGAGUCUGUGCUGUGCAGGGUGGCGUGUGCAUCAACCUGACCCAUAUGGAUCGAAUCAUGGAGCUGAAUACAGAAGACUUCUCUGUGGUGGUGGAGCCUGGCGUCACCCGGAAAGCUCUCAACACCCACCUGCGUGACAGUGGCCUCUGGUUUCCUGUUGACCCAGGUGCAGAUGCCUCUCUGUGUGGCAUGGCAGCCACUGGGGCCUCAGGUACCAAUGCUGUGCGCUACGGAACCAUGCGCCACAAUGUGAUCAAUCUGGAGGUGGUGCUGCCCGAUGGCAGACUGCUUCAUACUGCAGGCCGGGGCCGCCAUUAUAGGAAGAGUUCGGCUGGCUACAAUCUCACAGGACUCUUUGUGGGCUCGGAGGGGACUCUGGGCAUCAUCACUUCUGCCACCCUGCGUCUGCACCCUGCACCUGAGGCCACAGUGGCAGCUACCUGUGCAUUCCCCAGUGUUCAAGCUGCAGUGGACAGCACAGUUCAGAUCCUCCAGUCUGCAGUGCCUGUGGCCCGUAUUGAGUUCCUAGAUGACGUCAUGAUGGAUGCCUGCAACAGGCACAGCAAACUGAAUUGCCUUGUGGCACCCACACUUUUCCUGGAGUUCCAUGGCUCCCAGCAGUCAUUAGCAGAACAGCUACAACGCACAGAGGCAAUCACUCAGGAUAAUGGGGGCUCUCACUUCUCCUGGGCCAAGGAGGCUGAAGAGCGCAGCCAGCUUUGGGCAGCACGGCACAAUGCUUGGUAUGCAGUCUUGGCCCUGUCCCCUGGACGGAAGGCCUAUUCUACGGACGUGUGUGUGCCCAUCUCUCGGUUGCCAGAGAUCGUGGUAGAGACCAAGGAGGAGAUUAAGGCCUCAAAACUCACAGGAGCCAUUGUUGGGCAUGUGGGUGAUGGCAAUUUUCACUGCAUCAUGCUGGUCGACCCAGAUGACGCGGAGGAGCAGAGCAGGGUCAAGGCCUUUGCAGAAAACCUGGGCAGGCGUGCCCUGGCACUCCAUGGCACAUGCACCGGAGAGCAUGGCAUCGGGCUGGGGAAGAGGCAGCUGCUGCAGGAAGAAGUGGGCACCGUGGGUAUGGAGACUAUGCGGCAGCUCAAAGACACACUGGAUCCCCGAGGUCUCAUGAACCCAGGCAAAGUGUUAUAAGGAACUUGAGACACUUGGUGGCCCACAAUCCCCAGAAUGCAGAGUCCCUGUCCUGGACCUUCCCUUCACGCCAAUGACUUUGCAAGAAAUAGAAUGACUGAUGCCAUCUCCGCCCGUCAGGUAUCUCUCUGUAGCUGGGGCUCAAGGUGAAGGUGGAGAGGACGGACUUAGAGAGCUACUUUCCUUGCUGUCCUUAGUCUUUUGCUCCAGUAGAAAGCCCAUGGUUUCCUGGUGGAGUUUCUUGCUGGCUGGCAGAGACGGGGUGGGUCUGCUCCAAACCUAAGAUGAGAACCCUCUGUGGAGGCCUGUCCUGUUGGUGUUCAGCACCAUCGUGACUCAUUCUAUACAAAGGGAUAGGAAAACCCCUUUUCUGCAGAGGGAAGGAGCCUUCCAUUCUACAUUGUAAGGCCUUCUCCUUGUCCCUCACCACCCAUGAAUGUGAACCUUAUUUGCAGCUGUAUCCUCUUGUCUUGGGCCUGUCCUUUCAGACUAAUAGUAGCCUGGGGAUGUGGAUAGAGUGGAGGCUUUGGAAGAAAGCCAGUCCCAACCCCUCCGCUUUCACAUACCUGAGGCAGAAGAUCCACCUGUGGUGGAGGUUGCUUAGGACAGCUUCCCCAUCAGGCUGGGCCUGGAACAGUCUCUAAGCUGCUGCUACAGAGGCCAUUAAAAAUGGAGGUGAGAAAAUCCUCUGUGUACCACCCGUCUGCAUGGUAUGAUGCAUUAUCCACCAGCUUUUACCUUCAAAGUCGGGGCCUUGUUCAUUUUGGAGCUUGGCAGUUUUGAGAGCCUGUCAGGAGGAACAUAGCAAUUGUUCCCCAGAAAUCCACAAGAGGGCGCGUGACUCCACAAACCCGAAAAAGCAUCUACUUGGGGACAGCUCUUGGACUAGUUAGUGUCUGCAGUUCCACCCUUGGGCCACCCACCAUCCAGGACCAGGUGGCCAGUCUCAAGACCUUUUACCCUUUGUGGAUCCCAGUCAACUCUAGUACCAUAUCCCUUACUCCUAGGUUUUUGGAUUGGAAAAAAAAAACCAAAAACAAACAAACAAAAAAGGGAAGGAGCCACAGGCAGGGGAAGCAGCAGCUUCUCACGCCUCCUGGAUCCUAACCACUUCUCCCACCAUGUUCCCAGGCAGAGGCUGCCACCCAUUACUUUCUCAGUCCGACUUCAGUUUCUAGGGCCCCUUCACUGUAAUGUGUGUCUCACGGUUUCCUCCCAAAUAACUGCAGGAUGUAGAAAUCAAACAUCAGUCGCUCGACCACCAGGGAAAGAGAACUCUAGUGAACCCUGCCCUGAGACAGAUUGCUUGUCCCUCCCACAAGCCUUCCUAAAUUGAAUUCCACUGGGCAGGGCUCCUACCACACCCUCCAGGAAACUAGUAGGCACUCAAUAAACAGUCAUUUCCCCAUAAUUUCUUUUAUUAAAGAAAACUCCAAACAUACAGAAAAGUUGAAAGAACAGGUACACUAUUCACUGAAAUAUCAGUCGUUGGAAGAUUCAACAAUGGACAUUUUUGCCUUA